GUCAUGCAAAAUAUACGAUGUCAUUUUUGAACUGUGGAGACAGAUGUAAUGCACACCCAAUCCAGGGCCCUGUUGAUCGGUCACGAGCUCAUGCACUGCGAGAAGGUACGAAAACGCGGAGCAUUAUCUUCGUUCUGGAUCACCCGCGCCACGAGACUGCUGGGGUAUAAAUCCGUACAGAUGUUCCACACUCAACCUUUUGAUAUCACAGACAACUAUUAUGGUAUCACCUACUAUUCUUGUUGUUGUCGUCAUCCUUAUCAUUGCAUAUUGGAUAAAACGACAGCGCCGUCAAGCAAGUCUUCCGCCUGGACCGCCUCGUCUGCCCAUCAUCGGCAAUUUACACCAGCUUCCAUCAAAGGACCAGUGGACGGUCUACAAGCAAUGGGUGGACACUUACGGGCCUCUUGUCAGCGCCAAAUUCGGCGGCACUGACGUGGUCAUCAUUGGUGAUUACGACACAGCCAAAGAACUACUCGACAAGCGAGGAGGUAUCUAUAGCGAUCGACCGCGCAUGGUCAUGGCUGGGGAACUGGUGUGCAAGAACCAUCAGAUCUUGCUCAAGCCGUGGGGAGAAGACUAUCUUCUACACCAGCGUCUAGAAGCCCCGAUACUGCGCCCUCGGGCGUCAGCAUGUUAUAACACAGUCAUUGACCUUGAAAGUAAGCAGCUUUUAUUUAACAUGCUCACUACCAGCGACUUCGUAGGUCAAUAUCAAAGGUUUACGGCCAGCGUCAUGUACGUUCUCACCUUUGGCAUGCGCAUCGCCACAGGAAAAGAAUGGCAGUUCCAGCGCAGCCUCCAAUGUCUUCAAAACUUCAUUAAAGCGUUAGAAGUGGGAGCUUGGAUUGUGGAUGCUCUGCCAAUAUUGAACUAUCUUCCCGAAGUCCUGGCACCCUGGAAAAGGACUGCCAAAAUAUGGAGUCAAGAUUGGGAGGAUCUGCACAAGCGCAACAUGCAAGAUGCUCUCGUACGACCAGGCUGGAACUGGAGCAAGGACCUUUGUGGUGCGAAAGAGGCUCAGCAGAUGGACCCUCUCGAUAUCUCUUGGGAUCUCGGUGUGGUGUGCGACGCUGGCAUAGAGACAACGCACUGCACGCUGGAAAUCUUCACCCUCGCUUGUAUUUCAUAUCCAGACUGGAUAUCGACCGCACAGCGCGAGCUUGACGAGGUGGUCGGACCGAACAGACUGCCAGAUUUCGAAGACCUGGACAAGCUGCCAUACAUCCAAGCCAUAAUCGAAGAGAACUUCCGCUGGCGCCACAUUUUACCUGCAGGCGUACCCCACAAGACGAUAAGGGACGACACAUACAAGGGCUUUCUCAUCCCCAAAGGCGCCAUGAUUAUUCCACUCUUCAUUGCUAUGCGCAAUGACAAAGCACUUUUUGACAAGCCUGCUGAGUUCAUCCCAGAGCGCUGGCUUGGCAAACAGCAACAGGCCGGCAACUUCGGCUAUGGCAGGAGAAUGUGUACAGGUCGACAUAUUGCGCGCACGUCCCUCUCCAUCUCUAUCGCGAGGUUGCUGUGGGCGUACAAUAUCAAGAGCAAGAACGGUCAGAGGAAUGUGGUCAGCGAUACAGAGAGUUUCACGUCAGGCUUUGUGAAUACUUCAAAGCACUUUGAGGCUGUGUUUGAGGUUCGAAGUGAGAAGCAUAAGGAUGUGGUUGAGCUGGCGUUUGAGAGUGCGGAGAAAGACCCUCAUGUGCUCAUGCAAGACGUGAGGAAGAAUAUGGUGAGUGCCGGGCUAAGCCCAAGGGAUUGAGGGAUAGAGUCGUCAGAUAGCGAUUCUCUACGUUACAUAGACUAUUGGCUUCUCUUUGGCACGUUGAUCAAGGGGUGUGAUGAUGCGAACGACUGUCGGGGUAUUCGUGAAGGCAUGGAGACGAGAGCGAGAAUGAUCGACAGCGGCAUAUUGGGCUGCUUAUUCACAACUACAGCACAUAAUAUUGUGGCUACUGGAAAUGAAUCGGUAAGACUCAACCAGCAAA